AUGGGUAGCGGUUAUUUUGGAGAGCCUAACUUGGGAAAUAAUGAAAGAGGUGGUUCUUCAAGGAAAGGCAAGAAGAACAACUCAGACAAGCCUAAGCAACCACAGAGAGGCCUUGGGGUUGCUCAACUGGAAAAGAUCAGAUUACAUGGCCAAAUGGUUCCUAAUUACCAUCCCUCCCUUCACAGUACUCCUUACCCUACAACUUUCAACCAGCAGGAGGAUAUAAGAAUGCAAACAGGCUAUUCAUCAGUACCAUCUUCCUCUUUUUCUUAUUCUUCAUCAUCAGCAGCAUCAUCCUCGGCUUCCUAUGGUUACCCCAACAUCAUGAUGGGGCUAGGUGAUUAUGAUAGAACGAAUGUCAGAUCAUAUGGUGAUUCUCAACCCUCAACUGCAGCAAGACUAGCUAGGUUUCUUAUUAAUCAGUUCAAUAUGUUUAAUUUCCUUACUUCAGUUGGAACUGCGGGCAUAGCAUCUAUGAGGCUCAAAAUUAAGUCUAGUUGGAACUCCGGGCAUAGCAUCUAUGAGGCUCAAAAUUAUGGACAACCAAAUGCGACUACAAGACACCUUUUGCCUCUACAAGUUGAGGAGACACCGCAAAAACACAACAAGAAACACCGAAGUAGCUCGAUGGGUUCUAGCAGUCAAAAUUCUGAAUCAAGUGACACUCAAGAACUAGAUUUAGAGCUCAGAUUAUCAAUUUAA